AGUAUUUAUCUCCCACUCCACGGGCGGACCACGGCCUCUCUCAUUUCAGUCUCUCUUUCUUAUGCUUCUGGAAAUGCGACCUCAAGUUCAACUCCCAAAACCGCUAGCGGUUUACCGGCACUGACAAAUGGGUAAAGCAUCCAAGUGGUUUCGUGGACUCCUCGGCCUGAAGAAGACUGAUUCACCGGCGCCGACCCCGGCUCCGGCACCAGCUCGCCUGGACAAGUCGGUGAAGCGGAGGUGGAGUUUCGUGAGAUCAUACAGAGAGAAGGAUCACACCAGACACGCUAAUGACCGCAGAGGAGCCCUGUACGGAGAGCCGCAUCCGCCUUCGGCGUACGCAGACGGUGUUGAUCCGAACAAGCACGCGAUUGCAGUUGCGGCUGCCACCGCUGCGGUAGCGGAGGCCGCCGUAGCUGCAGCUCAGGCCGCUGCGGCGGUGGUGAGGCUCACCAGUAGCGGGAGGUCAGCGGCUCCCUCGGCGUACGUUAGCGCUGGCUUCUCGGCGCGAGAAGAGUGGGCUGUUAUAAAAAUUCAAUCUCUUUUCCGUGGUUACCUGGCGAGAAGGGCAUUGCGAGCAUUGAAAGCAUUGGUGAAGCUACAGGCAUUGGUGAGAGGCCACAUUGUGAGGAAGCAAACUGCAGAUAUGUUACGACGCAUGCAAGCUUUGGUGAGAGCUCAAGCUCGAGCACGCGCGGGACGAGCCCAGAUUUCUGAAUCAUCACAUUCAAGUGGCAAGUCUUCUCAAUUCCACCACCCUGGCCCUGCAACCCCUGAAAAGUUUGAACAUGCCAUUCGGGCAAAGAAUAUGAAACAAGACCAGUCUUCUAUACUCAAGAGAAAUAGCUCAAAGGCGAGUGGCAGGAACAUCAUUGAUCAAGACAAAACUCACUUGAGUAGGAACUGGUCAGACCGUAGACUGGAUGAAGGAUCAUGGGACCAACAAGGGUCCUCAAUAAGAGCCGGUCCAACAGAUGAUGAAAAGAGUGACAAGAUACUGGAAAUUGAUACAGGGAAACCCAAUUUCACUCCUAAACGCAGAAACCUGUUUCAAUCUUCUCAUCAUGGUGUGGCUUCAGAUCAAAUUAGUCAUAGCUUUACUACUUCAAAAGAUUCAACAACUCAUCAAACAGUUCCCAGUCCAUCAUCUUGUGAAGUUCAAUCUUUAAGCCCUUUGAAAUUCUGUCAGGAGGUUGAAGAAGGCUCCUUUUGCACUGCUGAUAAUAGUCCACAAUUCUAUUCGGCAUCAUCAAGAGCUGGUAGUUCAAGGAGAGGUCCCUUCACUCCCACCAAGAGCGAUGGCUCAAGAAGCUACCUGAGUGGUUACUCAGACCAUCCAAACUACAUGGCUUACACAGAAUCCUCGAAGGCUAAAGUGAGGUCUUUCAGUGCCCCAAAACAAAGGCCUCAAUACGAAAGAUCUAGUUCAACAAAGAGGUAUUCUGUUCAUGGAUUUGGUGAUUCAAGGUCAAAUGCACAAAGGGUUUCUGCAAUGCAUGCCAACUUCACCAGCAAAGCUUAUCCUGGAUCUGGACGCUUGGAUAGACUUGGAAUGCCAAUAAGAAGUGAAGCUUUUGGUCUCAGUGGUGGGUUUAGCAACAGCAGAUAUUAGAAUUAAGUUUGAAGGAUUUUGGUUUUUUUUCUUCUUUUUUUUGUUAAUCUAGUUUAUCUUCUAAUCUGGCUAACUAAUGUAUUUAGUAACACUUGUUUUGUCUAUUGUUAAGGGAAGGUAAGAGUUGAGAGUUUUGUUUGUGAAUCAAUGUCUUAGGGUUACUCUUGAAUCUGACUCAAUAUUAAGAACUCUGUAAGUGCCUUUGUAGUAAGUAGAUGCUACUUCAAGUAUUGUACUCAA